AUAUCAUCUCAUCAUCUCCCGUGGAAUAAAAGAUACGUUUUUUAGCAGCCAGUAGAGCUGAAACUACAGAAAAUGAACCAGCAUUUAGAUUUUUUUACGCAACAAUGCCAUAUAAUUCCCUCCAGCUUCUCACAUCAUCGCAGCUUCACCGGCUGCUCGGGGCACUGCCGACCAGGAGAGGAGCUGACUGUCGCCUUUGUCGUUUCCUAACAUUGCAUCCCUCGCAGCCCUCUUCGCAGGAGGAAACUCAGCCUCUUUUGCACGUCUUCAGAGGCACAAUGAGAGGAUUCCUGUAGCGGAUACCCAGCGACGUCUGCCCACCUGGAGGAUGCUGGGAUGCUGCAUGUUUUGAGCGUUGCUGGGGCGACGGCCGUACGAGUUUCUUAUGGGUGAUGCACAAGAGGGGUUCUCGAUGUCUUUAUGUUUCAUCCUGAUUUGGAAUCCCUCCAUCCCACCAGGGGAUCCAUGACCAGGUUUCUGUUGUACCGUUGCCGUCAUGUGCUCAGCGUCGGCUGCAACGGCCAGUGAAAGCAGCACCACCACCACCGUCCCUGAAGAGGAGCAGGACAGUCCCCGGGAGGAGCAGCAGCCGCAGAAGCAGUCCUUGACUAAAUCCUUGUGUCAGGAAACUCACUGGAAAUGCCUGCUGCUGUCCCUGCUGAUGUACGGCUGCGUCGGGGCGAUGGCCUGGUGCCAGGUGACCAAGGUCACGCGCCUCUCCUUCGACAACGCUUACAAGGGGAAGUCCAUGAUGUACCACGAAAGUCCCUGCUCCAACGGCUACAUCUACAUCCCUUUGGCCUUCCUGGUCAUGCUCUACGUGGUCUACCUGGUGGAGUGUUGGCACUGCUACACCAGGGAUGAGCUACAGUACAAGGUGGAUGUUGACAGUGUGGUGGAGCGCAUCCAGCGCAUGCAGCAGGCUACGCCCUGCAUCUGGUGGAAGGCCAUUAGCUACCAUUACAUCAGGAGGAUGCGGCAGGUGACGCGCUACCGUAAUGGAGAUGCCUACACCACCACACAGGUCUACCAUGAGCGAGUCAACAGCCACGUGGCUGAGGCAGAGUUUGAUUAUGGGAACUGUGGGGUUAAGGACAUCGCAAAGAACCUGUUGGGUCUGGAGGACUUCCCCAUCACCAGGCUGAGGUUCACAAAGUGCUUUAGCUUUGCCAAUGUGGAGUCAGAAAACUCUUACCUGACCCAGCGGGCCAGGUUCUUCACAGAGAAUGAGGGCCUGGAUGACUACAUGGAGGCCCGUGAGGGGAUGCACCUGAAGAAUGUCGACUUUAAGGAGCAUAUGAUUGCCUUUUCGGAUCCUAAUCACCUUCCCUGGUACGCAGCCCACUCCUCUUUCUGGGUGGCAGCUGCUUUCACGCUCUCCUGGCCUCUGCGGGUGCUGACCGAGUACCACACUGCCUGUGUACACUACCAUGUAGAGAAGCUGUUUGGGUUUGACUUUGUGCCAGUAAGCCCGUCUGAGGAGCGACCACAAUGCAGACACAUCCCACGAGUCAACACAAUCGAGAGCACGGAGUUGGAGUGGCACAUCCGCUCCAACCAGCAGCUGGUGCCCAGUUACUCCGAGGCCGUUCUCAUGGAUCUGGCUCAGCUCUCAGGAAGCUGUAACAACUCCUCUGUAUGUGGCGGCUAUGGCGGCCACAGGCAGAACUGUGAAAGCUGCCAUCGUGCCAUCAGCAGCUCCUCCAUCUUCUCUCGGAGUGCCCUCAGCAUCUGCAACGCGGGGAGCCCCCGCAUCCCCUUCAGCGCCAGCCGCUUCUCGCUGGGCCGGUUGUACGGAUCCAGGCGGAGGUGUCUGUGGAGGAGCAGCGGGAGCCUGAACGAGCGGCCCUGCCCCACAGAGAGCACGCACUGUCUGUCAGGUCAGCAGGCAAGUGAGGAGAACCCUCCGGCCUACCAGGACGCUCGAUACUUCCCGGUGCUCAUUGUGCAUCGCAGCGAAGGCUGCGUCAACCACGACCACCGCUCCCUGCACAGAAACGGCUCCUGCGUGGAGACUUCUCUAUGA